CAUGAAAAAGCAAAACGUACGGACCAUCUCCCUGAUCGUGUGUACGUUCACAUACCUGUUAAUUGGAGCGGCCGUGUUCGAUGCCCUCGAGUCUGAGACCGAGAAGAAACGCUGGAAGGCACUCAGUGCAGUCGAAAAUAUCCUCAUCUCACGGUACAACAUCAGCGCGGAGGAUUUCAAAGUCAUCGAAACGGUCAUUAUGAAGUCGGAACCUCACAAAGCCGGCCAGCAGUGGAAGUUUUCCGGUGCGUUCUACUAUGCCACAACAGUCCUGACGACGAUCGGAUACGGUCACUCGACCCCAUCCACCGUCAGCGGGAAGAUCUUCACCAUGUGCUACGCCGCCAUUGGCAUUCCAUUGGGGCUGGUGAUGUUCCAGAGCAUUGGCGAGCGUGUCAAUCGGCUGAGCAGUGUGAUCGUGCACGCAGUGAAAACAUCGUUCAACUGCAAGAAAGCGAUCGCCUCCGAGGUCGACCUUAUACUGGUGGUCACCACGCUCAGCUCGCUCACAAUAGCGGGUGGGGCGGCCGCGUUCAGCAAGUUUGAAGGCUGGAGCUACUUCGACUCGGUGUACUACUGCUUCAUCACGCUCACGACGAUCGGGUUUGGUGAUAUGGUAGCCCUACAGAAAGAUAACGCACUCAACAAAAAGCCGGAGUACGUGGCGUUCGCGCUGAUCUUCAUCCUGUUUGGGCUGGCGGUGGUUGCUGCCUCGUUGAAUCUUCUUGUGCUACGUUUCGUUACGAUGAACACGGAGGAUGAAAAGCGCGAUGAAGCGCAAGCAAUACAAGCAAUGCAAAUAGCUGUCAAGCUGGACGGAGAUAUCAUUACGGGGAAUACGGAUAGUGUUGAUGAACGAUGCUACGAUCGCAUCUCCGUCAUUAACCCACUGACCGUGUGUCACAACUGUCCAACCAAGUUCGACAUGACGGAGGCCGGUAACGGGUGUUAUAUCGAUACGAACUAUCGUUACCCGCUGAUGGAUUGUGAAAUGACGCAGCUCCGAUCGCCAGCCGCCUUCAGCGGUCCUGGGAACAAUGGCCACCGGAUGCACGAUUUUGAAACCGAUGAUGACGGUCUAAUACGACCGUUACGGUACGAUUUCCAUCCGAGUCGUGGUCGUGCAUCGGUUUAAGGUAGAUAUUUGUAUCUGAGCGUCUUAUCCUAACA